AUGGUUGUCGAAUCCGAUGAUUUUGGUGUUGUAAUUAACCAAGUGUCUUCGGUUUUGAUAACAGGACAGUUCGUAGCAGCUUUGGAUGGUUUAGCCGUGUGGGAGACAGUAAAGGAGAAGACAGAUAACAUUGAAGACAAAGAUCCUCCAAAGAGCAGCAAGAUACAGGAAAGGAGAAGACAUCUCACAUUGAAGACUCUCUUCAUCAAAGAUAUCGAACCAUCUCUUCAGGUUCAGAGUCAACAACCAUACCCCUCUGUCUCUGAUGCGUCUGCCUAUGGUACUGGAUGGCCUGAAGAGGAAAAUGAAGAAGCAGACAUCGUGAGUGACCGUAAAGAAAGGCGGAAAUGGUCACCAACUGAGGACAAGGUGCUCAUCAGUGCUUGGUUGAAUACAUCUAAAGACCCUAUCGUAAGCAAUGACCAGAAAGCAAUGGCUUUUUGGAAAAGAAUUGCUACAUAUUUUGGGGCAAGUCCACAGGUUGCUGGUUUGCAGAAGAGAGACUCAACUGGCUGUAAAUCGAGAUGGGGGAAGCUUAAUGAGGGCGUGUGCAAGUUUGUAGGGUGCUAUGAUGCAGCAACUAAACAAAAAUCUAGUGGGCAAAGUGAGGAUAAUGUUUUAAAGCUGGCUCAUCAGAUAUUCUUCAAUGAUUACAAGAGCAAGUUCACACUUGAGCAUGCUUGGUUGGAGCUGAGGCAUGAUCAAAAAUGGUGUGGAGGUCUGGCGAGUAAAAAUGGUGUGACAUCUAAGAGAAGAAAGGUUGAUAACCAAACAGGACAGUCAUCAACGUCAGUUCCAUGUAGCCUUGGAGAAGAGGACGCAAAUGGUGUGGAGGUCCGGCCUGCGGGUGUCAAAGCUGCAAAGAGAUUAAGUAAAGCGGCUGUGAGGAAGGCUAACACUGAAGAAGCAGAAGGGAAGGUGUGUGUGGACCUUGAGAACAUGUGGGACAUGAGGCAAAAGGACUUUGCAUUGAGAGAGAAGGUUAACAAUCAAAAAUUGCUUCAGAGGCUACUUGGCAAGACUGAGCCAUUAAUUGAACCAGAGCAAGCUUUGAAAAACAAGCUAAUCAAUGAUCUGUUGGUUUGA